AUGUCGGGACCCAAUAGUGAUCAACUGCAUAGAUCCACAUUAAAAAUGUACUCGAACCUGAUGGAACAGUUCAACCCUGGCCUGGAGAAGCUAGUGUCUCUGGGAAACAGUUACGUCCAGGCUUUCCAAGCCUUGGCUGUGACAGGCGAGGCCUACUUCUGUGCGCUGGCUAAGAUUGGUGAGCAGGCUCUGUACACCAUGUCUUCUGGCCCAUUGGGGGACGUCUUGAUUCAGAUCUCCGAUAGUCAAAGAAGACUUACUGCUGAACUGGGCGGAGUCUUUCAGUGGUUCCAUGCUGAAGUGCUGCAGAUGAUGGACAAUAACGUCAUGUUGGAUGAAGACUACAUAUCAGGCAGCAGGAGGCAGUAUGAGGUGGAGGUGAGAAACCAGGCCGCAGCUCUGGAGAGACAGCUCAGGAGGGGGGCUUACAGAGACACACUGGAGAGCAGUGAGUAUAUGCAGUUUCUCCGGCAGAGUCAGCGUGAGGUGAUGAUAGAGGAGGAGAGGAGGUAUCGCUUCCUGGCCGAGAAACACUGUGGCCUCACGCAGUCUAUAAUAUACCUCAUCAAUAAGACGGGAGCUGCCGUGCAGCAGAAGGCGGACGGGUGGAAGGAGAAAGUGAGCGAGACGAAGAUCCCCAGAGCCCGCAGCCCGCUCCUGCCCGAGCAGGGCCCUGCGCGCCGAGCAUCUGUGGGCGCCCUCCUGCAGACAGGAGGGAGGGAGGAGGACAGAGACUACAGCUGGGCUGGCAGAGAGCAUCAGCAACUGGGAAAAGUGCCCUCCAGAGCUCCCUCUCCCCUCCCGGCUCGUUCGCGCUCUAGCUCUGUGGGCGAGUCUCUGGGGCUGGGUGGGGUCAGGCACAUGCGGGCGCUGGUGUCCCACCCCGCCACCUCCAGCCCCACCCUGCUGCCCUUCUCCCGCGACGAGGUGCUGAGCGUGCAGCUGCAGGAGCCGCGCAACGGCUGGCUCUACGGCAGCGUGGAGGGCAGCUCGCGUCACGGCUGGUUCCCUGCUGCUUAUGUCGGACCCAUAGAGGACCCCCCUAGAUCCACUGUACCCAGCACAAACAACCUCCUGGAGCCCGAACUCACGGAGCGGCUAAACAAGCUGGACAGCAGAGGCUACAGCGAGAUCCCUCCCCCAGCUCCGGCCUCUCGUCGGGGGUCGGCUGACCUGCGUCCAAUCACACCCACCCCAGAGAGACGGACCGAAUCUUCCUCCAAUGGCAAAGUGGCCAAUGUGCAGUAUGGCUACAACGAGACCCCGCCCGCACGCAGGGCAUCGACUGAUUUCCGUCCAAUCACGCCCACCCCGGAGAGACGAACAGAAUCUUCCGCUGACAGCAAGCCGCAGUCUGACAGCAAGAGCUACAGCGAGAUCCCGCCCCCGGCUCCGCCCUUGAGGAGGGGAUCGGCAGAUCUCCGUCCAAUCACGCCCACCCCUGGGUCCGCUGACAGCAAGUCCAUGAUGCAUCUGGACGGCCGACCAGAACUCUUCCCGAGGGGGACGAAUCCUUUUGCGACAGUGAAACUUCGGCCUACGACAACCAAUGACAGAUCAGCCCCUCGGAUUCACUGACGUUGGCCACAGCCACAACAUUGCUGUGCUGUUAAAAUAGUUGUGUGUUUUCAUCUCUGGGACAGUCCUGCUCUUACCUGGCUACAUCAAGCGCUUGGAUGUGGACAAACUUACAACUGUACAAACUUACUGAUUUUCUGAACUGCUUUUUUCUCUGCCUCUAGUGAAAAGGCACUUCUCUAUGUGUGUUGUGUUUCAUCCACAGAUGAAAACAGAGUAAAACCAUGACUAUACAUUCAGUGUUAUUUUAUGUGUGAACAGUCCAUGCAAAAGGAAACA